AGGGCCCAACGUCCCCAGCGAGACGUUCCAGCUCAGCCUUCACACAUCUCUGCUUUUUCCCAGGAAGAGCAGGAAAUGGCCAAACUCCAGGGACUAGUGACAUUUGAGGACGUGGCUGUGGAUUUCACCCAAGAGGAGUGGCAGUACCUGAACCCUCCACAGAAGACCCUGUACAGAGAUGUGAUGCUGGAGACCGUCAGCAACCUGGUCUGUGUGGGGCAGCAGGUUACUAAGCCAGACCUCAUCCUCAAGUUGGAGGUGGAAGAGCCUUGCCAGGCAGAAGGAAAAAUCCCAGUUUGGACCUUUUCGGAAGUCUGCAAAGUUGAAAAACAGAUUGAGAGACAGCAUCAGGAUGACCAACAUAAAUGUCCAUUGACGCAAGUUGGAUUCUCUGACAAGCAAACAAUUACCACCAGGAGUGGCUGUGUCUCUAAUGAAUUUGGGAACACACUAUAUCUGAGUACAAAGAUUGCUGCUUCAAUGCCAAGACCCCAUACACAUGAAUCAUUUGGAAAUAAUAUUGUAGAUGAUUUAAACGUAUUUAGUGGAAGCUUUGCAGAAAAGAAGCAUGAUAAUGGACAUGCAAGAUUAUUCUUCCACCCCGAGUAUGAGAAAACAAACCCUGGAGUGAAACCCUGUGGAUAUAAAGAGUGUGGGAAAGCCCUCAGGCAAAAGAAAGGUCUUAGUGUACAUCAGGGAAUUAAAAAUGGAGAGAAGCACUUUGAAUGUACUGUGUGUAGAAAAACAUUCAGCACGGAAUCACACCUCGUUAUACAUUGGAAAACAGUUCAUACGGGAGAGAAACCCUUUGGGUGUACUGAAUGUGGAAAAGCCUUUAGCCAAAAAUCUCACCUCCUUACACACCUGAGAACUCAUACAGAAGAGAGACCCUUUAAGUGUUCCGAAUGUGGGAAAGCCUUCAGAGAAAAGGCAGCUGUCAUGGCACAUUACAGGACUCAUACAGGAGAGAAACCUUAUGAAUGUAAUGAAUGUGGGAAAGCCUUCACUCGGAAGUCAACCCUCAUUGUCCAUCAGAAAACCCACCCAGGAGAGAAAACCUACAAAUGCUAUACAUGUGGGGAGUCUUUCCUACAAAAGCUUGAUCUAAUUAUACAUCUUAGUACUCAUACAGGAAGGAAUCCCCAUGAAUGUAGUGAGUGUAAGAAAACUUUCAAGUCUAAGUCAACCCUUAUUGUGCAUCAGAGAAUUCAUACAGGAGAGAAACCCUACAAGUGCAAUGAAUGCGGAAAAGCAUUUUCCUACAAACCAUAUGUCAUUGUGCAUCAAAGAAUUCAUACAGAAGAAAAACCCUAUGAAUGUAAUGAGUGUGGCAAAGCCUUCAGACACAAGUCAACACUCGUCUCACAUCAGAGAAUUCAUACAGGAGAGAAACCCUACGAAUGUUCUGUUUGUGGCAAGGCCUUCAGAGGAAACUCAUAUUCACUCCUUAUUGUUCAUCAGAUCGCUCAUACAAGAGAGGAACCUUAUGAAUGUAGAGAAUGUAGAAGAGCAUUCAGUAGGAAGGUACACCUCAGUAUACUUCAGAGAAUGCAUACAGGAGACAAACUCCUUGAAUGGAAUGAAUGUCGUAAAUCCUUCAGAGAGGAAUCAAGACUGCAUAUACGUCAAAGAACGCAUGCAGGUGAAAAACCGUAUGUGUGCAAUGAGUGUGGCAAAACCUUCCAAGAAAAGACAAAGCUCAUCAUACAUCAGAGAACACACACAGGAGAGUAACCUUUUGAAUGUAAUGAAUGUGGCAAAUCCUUCAGAGAGAAAUCAAUGCUGCAUAGACGUCAAAGAACUCACACAGGAGAGAAACGUUAUGUGUGUUCAGACUGUGGAAGAGCCUUUAUCCUUAAGGUGAGCCUCAGUGCUCAUCAGAGAAUUCAUAGAGGAGAAAAACCUGAUGGAUGUACUGGACUAGUGACAUUUGAGGACGUGGCUGUGGAUUUCACCCAAGAGGAGUGGCAGUACCUGAACCCUCCACAGAAGACCCUGUACAGAGAUGUGAUGCUGGAGACCGUCAGCGACCUGGUCUGUGUGGGGCAGCAGGUUACUAAGCCAGACCUCAUCCUCAAGUUGGAGGUGGAAGAGCCUUGCCAGGCAGAAGGAAAAAUCCCAAUUUGGACCUUUUCGGAAGUCUGCAAAGUUGAAAAACAGAUUGAGAGACAGCAUCAGGAUGACCAACAUAAAUGUCCAUUGACGCAAGUUGGAUUCUCUGACAAGCAAACAAUUACCACCAGGAGUGGCUGUGUCUCUAAUGAAUUUGGGAACACACUAUAUCUGAGUACAAAGAUUGCUGCUUCAAUGCCAAGACCCCAUACACAUGAAUCAUUUGGAAAUAAUAUCGUAGAUGAUUUAAACGUGUUUAGUGGAAGCUUUGCAGAAAAGAAGCAUGAUAAUGGACAUGCAAGAUUAUUCUUCCACCCCGAGUAUGAGAAAACAAACCCUGGAGUGAAACCCUGUGGAUAUAAAGAGUGUGGGAAAGCCCUCAGGCAAAAGAAAGGUCUUAGUGUACAUCAGGGAAUUAAAAAUGGAGAGAAGCACUUUGAAUGUACUGUGUGUAGAAAAACAUUCAGCACGGAAUCACACCUAGUUAUACAUUGGAAAACAGUUCAUACGGGAGAGAAACCCUUUGGGUGUACUGAAUGUGGAAAAGCCUUUAGCCAAAAAUCUCACCUCCUUACACACCUGAGAACUCAUACAGAAGAGAGACCCUUUAAGUGUUCCGAAUGUGGGAAAGCCUUCAGAGAAAAGGCAGCUGUCAUGGCACAUUACAGGACUCAUACAGGAGAGAAACCUUAUGAAUGUAAUGAAUGUGGGAAAGCCUUCACUCGGAAGUCAACCCUCAUUGUCCAUCAGAAAACCCACCCAGGAGAGAAAACCUACAAAUGCUAUACAUGUGGGGAGUCUUUCCUACAAAAGCUUGAUCUAAUUAUACAUCUUAGUACUCAUACAGGAAGGAAUCCCCAUGAAUGUAGUGAGUGUAAGAAAACUUUCAAGUCUAAGUCAACCCUUAUUGUGCAUCAGAGAAUUCAUACAGGAGAGAAACCCUACAAGUGCAAUGAAUGCGGAAAAGCAUUUUCCUACAAACCAUAUGUCAUUGUGCAUCAAAGAAUUCAUACAGAAGAAAAACCCUAUGAAUGUAAUGAGUGUGGCAAAGCCUUCAGACACAAGUCAACACUCGUCUCACAUCAGAGAAUUCAUACAGGAGAGAAACCCUACGAAUGUUCUGUUUGUGGCAAGGCCUUCAGAGGAAACUCAUAUUCACUCCUUAUUGUUCAUCAGAUCGCUCAUACAAGAGAGGAACCUUAUGAAUGUAGAGAAUGUAGAAGAGCAUUCAGUAGGAAGGUACACCUCAGUAUACUUCAGAGAAUGCAUACAGGAGACAAACUCCUUGAAUGGAAUGAAUGUCGUAAAUCUUUCAGAGAGGAAUCAACACUGCAUAUACGUCAAAGAACGCAUGCAGGUGAAAAACCGUAUGUGUGCAAUGAGUGUGGCAAAACCUUCCAAGAAAAGACAAAGCUCAUCAUACAUCAGAGAACACACACAGGAGAGUAACCUUUUGAAUGUAAUGAAUGUGGCAAAUCCUUCAGAGAGAAAUCAAUGCUGCAUAGACGUCAAAGAACUCACACAGGAGAGAAACGUUAUGUGUGUUCAGACUGUGGAAGAGCCUUUAUCCUUAAGGUGAGCCUCAGUGCUCAUCAGAGAAUUCAUAGAGGAGAAAAACCUGAUGGAUGUACUGGACUAGUGACAUUUGAGGACGUGGCUGUGGAUUUCACCCAAGAGGAGUGGCAGUACCUGAACCCUCCACAGAAGACCCUGUACAGAGAUGUGAUGCUGGAGACCGUCAGCAACCUGGUCUGUGUGGGGCAGCAGGUUACUAAGCCAGACCUCAUCCUCAAGUUGGAGGUGGAAGAGCCUUGCCAGGCAGAAGGAAAAAUCCCAAUUUGGACCUUUUCGGAAGUCUGCAAAGUUGAAAAACAGAUUGAGAGACAGCAUCAGGAUGACCAACAUAAAUGUCCAUUGACGCAAGUUGGAUUCUCUGACAAGCAAACAAUUACCACCAGGAGUGGCUGUGUCUCUAAUGAAUUUGGGAACACACUAUAUCUGAGUACAAAGAUUGCUGCUUCAAUGCCAAGACCCCAUACACAUGAAUCAUUUGGAAAUAAUAUCGUAGAUGAUUUAAACGUAUUUAGUGGAAGCUUUGCAGAAAAGAAGCAUGAUAAUGGACAUGCAAGAUUAUUCUUCCACCCCGAGUAUGAGAAAACAAACCCUGGAGUGAAACCCUGUGGAUAUAAAGAGUGUGGGAAAGCCCUCAGGCAAAAGAAAGGUCUUAGUGUACAUCAGGGAAUUAAAAAUGGAGAGAAGCACUUUGAAUGUACUGUGUGUAGAAAAACAUUCAGCACGGAAUCACACCUAGUUAUACAUUGGAAAACAGUUCAUACGGGAGAGAAACCCUUUGGGUGUACUGAAUGUGGAAAAGCCUUUAGCCAAAAAUCUCACCUCCUUACACACCUGAGAACUCAUACAGAAGAGAGACCCUUUAAGUGUUCCGAAUGUGGGAAAGCCUUCAGAGAAAAGGCAGCUGUCAUGGCACAUUACAGGACUCAUACAGGAGAGAAACCUUAUGAAUGUAAUGAAUGUGGGAAAGCCUUCACUCGGAAGUCAACCCUCAUUGUCCAUCAGAAAACCCACCCAGGAGAGAAAACCUACAAAUGCUAUACAUGUGGGGAGUCUUUCCUACAAAAGCUUGAUCUAAUUAUACAUCUUAGUACUCAUACAGGAAGGAAUCCCCAUGAAUGUAGUGAGUGUAAGAAAACUUUCAAGUCUAAGUCAACCCUUAUUGUGCAUCAGAGAAUUCAUACAGGAGAGAAACCCUACAAGUGCAAUGAAUGCGGAAAAGCAUUUUCCUACAAACCAUAUGUCAUUGUGCAUCAAAGAAUUCAUACAGAAGAAAAACCCUAUGAAUGUAAUGAGUGUGGCAAAGCCUUCAGACACAAGUCAACACUCGUCUCACAUCAGAGAAUUCAUACAGGAGAGAAACCCUACGAAUGUUCUGUUUGUGGCAAGGCCUUCAGAGGAAACUCAUAUUCACUCCUUAUUGUUCAUCAGAUCGCUCAUACAAGAGAGGAACCUUAUGAAUGUAGAGAAUGUAGAAGAGCAUUCAGUAGGAAGGCACACCUCAGUAUACUUCAGAGAAUGCAUACAGGAGACAAACUCCUUGAAUGGAAUGAAUGUCGUAAAUCCUUCAGAGAGGAAUCAAGACUGCAUAUACGUCAAAGAACGCAUGCAGGUGAAAAACCGUAUGUGUGCAAUGAGUGUGGCAAAACCUUCCAAGAAAAGACAAAGCUCAUCAUACAUCAGAGAACACACACAGGAGAGUAACCUUUUGAAUGUAAUGAAUGUGGCAAAUCGUUCAGAGAGAAAUCAAUGCUGCAUAGACGUCAAAGAACUCACACAGGAGAGAAACGUUAUGUGUGUUCAGACUGUGGAAGAGCCUUUAUCCUUAAGGUGAGCCUCAGUGCUCAUCAGAGAAUUCAUAGAGGAGAAAAACCUGAUGGAUGUACUGGACUAGUGACAUUUGAGGACGUGGCUGUGGAUUUCACCCAAGAGGAGUGGCAGUACCUGAACCCUCCACAGAAGACCCUGUACAGAGAUGUGAUGCUGGAGACCGUCAGCAACCUGGUCUGUGUGGGGCAGCAGGUUACUAAGCCAGACCUCAUCCUCAAGUUGGAGGUGGAAGAGCCUUGCCAGGCAGAAGGAAAAAUCCCAAUUUGGACCUUUUCGGAAGUCUGCAAAGUUGAAAAACAGAUUGAGAGACAGCAUCAGGAUGACCAACAUAAAUGUCCAUUGACGCAAGUUGGAUUCUCUGACAAGCAAACAAUUACCACCAGGAGUGGCUGUGUCUCUAAUGAAUUUGGGAACACACUAUAUCUGAGUACAAAGAUUGCUGCUUCAAUGCCAAGACCCCAUACACAUGAAUCAUUUGGAAAUAAUAUCGUAGAUGAUUUAAACGUAUUUAGUGGAAGCUUUGCAGAAAAGAAGCAUGAUAAUGGACAUGCAAGAUUAUUCUUCCACCCCGAGUAUGAGAAAACAAACCCUGGAGUGAAACCCUGUGGAUAUAAAGAGUGUGGGAAAGCCCUCAGGCAAAAGAAAGGUCUUAGUGUACAUCAGGGAAUUAAAAAUGGAGAGAAGCACUUUGAAUGUACUGUGUGUAGAAAAACAUUCAGCACGGAAUCACACCUAGUUAUACAUUGGAAAACAGUUCAUACGGGAGAGAAACCCUUUGGGUGUACUGAAUGUGGAAAAGCCUUUAGCCAAAAAUCUCACCUCCUUACACACCUGAGAACUCAUACAGAAGAGAGACCCUUUAAGUGUUCCGAAUGUGGGAAAGCCUUCAGAGAAAAGGCAGCUGUCAUGGCACAUUACAGGACUCAUACAGGAGAGAAACCUUAUGAAUGUAAUGAAUGUGGGAAAGCCUUCACUCGGAAGUCAACCCUCAUUGUCCAUCAGAAAACCCACCCAGGAGAGAAAACCUACAAAUGCUAUACAUGUGGGGAGUCUUUCCUACAAAAGCUUGAUCUAAUUAUACAUCUUAGUACUCAUACAGGAAGGAAUCCCCAUGAAUGUAGUGAGUGUAAGAAAACUUUCAAGUCUAAGUCAACCCUUAUUGUGCAUCAGAGAAUUCAUACAGGAGAGAAACCCUACAAGUGCAAUGAAUGCGGAAAAGCAUUUUCCUACAAACCAUAUGUCAUUGUGCAUCAAAGAAUUCAUACAGAAGAAAAACCCUAUGAAUGUAAUGAGUGUGGCAAAGCCUUCAGACACAAGUCAACACUCGUCUCACAUCAGAGAAUUCAUACAGGAGAGAAACCCUACGAAUGUUCUGUUUGUGGCAAGGCCUUCAGAGGAAACUCAUAUUCACUCCUUAUUGUUCAUCAGAUCGCUCAUACAAGAGAGGAACCUUAUGAAUGUAGAGAAUGUAGAAGAGCAUUCAGUAGGAAGGUACACCUCAGUAUACUUCAGAGAAUGCAUACAGGAGACAAACUCCUUGAAUGGAAUGAAUGUCGUAAAUCCUUCAGAGAGGAAUCAAGACUGCAUAUACGUCAAAGAACGCAUGCAGGUGAAAAACCGUAUGUGUGCAAUGAGUGUGGCAAAACCUUCCAAGAAAAGACAAAGCUCAUCAUACAUCAGAGAACACACACAGGAGAGUAACCUUUUGAAUGUAAUGAAUGUGGCAAAUCGUUCAGAGAGAAAUCAAUGCUGCAUAGACGUCAAAGAACUCACACAGGAGAGAAACGUUAUGUGUGUUCAGACUGUGGAAGAGCCUUUAUCCUUAAGGUGAGCCUCAGUGCUCAUCAGAGAAUUCAUAGAGGAGAAAAACCUGAUGGAUGUACUGGACUAGUGACAUUUGAGGACGUGGCUGUGGAUUUCACCCAAGAGGAGUGGCAGUACCUGAACCCUCCACAGAAGACCCUGUACAGAGAUGUGAUGCUGGAGACCGUCAGCAACCUGGUCUGUGUGGGGCAGCAGGUUACUAAGCCAGACCUCAUCCUCAAGUUGGAGGUGGAAGAGCCUUGCCAGGCAGAAGGAAAAAUCCCAAUUUGGACCUUUUCGGAAGUCUGCAAAGUUGAAAAACAGAUUGAGAGACAGCAUCAGGAUGACCAACAUAAAUGUCCAUUGACGCAAGUUGGAUUCUCUGACAAGCAAACAAUUACCACCAGGAGUGGCUGUGUCUCUAAUGAAUUUGGGAACACACUAUAUCUGAGUACAAAGAUUGCUGCUUCAAUGCCAAGACCCCAUACACAUGAAUCAUUUGGAAAUAAUAUUGUAGAUGAUUUAAACGUAUUUAGUGGAAGCUUUGCAGAAAAGAAGCAUGAUAAUGGACAUGCAAGAUUAUUCUUCCACCCCGAGUAUGAGAAAACAAACCCUGGAGUGAAACCCUGUGGAUAUAAAGAGUGUGGGAAAGCCCUCAGGCAAAAGAAAGGUCUUAGUGUACAUCAGGGAAUUAAAAAUGGAGAGAAGCACUUUGAAUGUACUGUGUGUAGGAAAACAUUCAGCACGGAAUCACACUUCGUUGUACAUUGCAAAACGCAUACGGGAGAGAAACCCUUUGGAUGUACUGAAUGUGGAAAAGCCUUUAGCCAAAAAUCUUGGCUUAUUAGACACCUGAGAGUUCAUACGGGAGAGAAACCCUUUGGGUAGAGACCCUUUAAGUGUUCCGAAUGUGGGAAAGCCUUCAGAAGAAAGGCAGCUCUCAUUGCACAUUACAGGACUCAUACAGGAGAGAAACCUUAUGAAUGUAAUGAAUGUGGGAAAGCCUUCACUCGGAAGUCAACCCUCAUUGUCCAUCAGAAAACCCACCCAGGAGAGAAAACCUACAAGUGCUCUAAAUGUGGGGAGUCUUUCCUACAAAAGCUUGAUCUAAUUAUACAUCUUAGUACUCAUACAGGAAGGAAUCCCCAUGAAGGUAGUGAGUCUAAGAAAACUUUCAAGGAUAAGUCAACUCUCAUUAUACAUCAGGGAACUCAUACAGGAGAGAAACGUCAUAAAUGUACUGAAUGUGGGAAGUCGUUCAAUAAGAAGUCAAACCUUAUUGUGCAUCAGAGAAUUCAUACAGGAGAGAAACCCUACAAGUGCAAUGAAUGUGGAAAAGCAUUUUCCUACAAACCAUAUGUCAUUGUGCAUCAAAGAAUUCAUACAGAAGAAAAACCCUAUGAAUGUAAUGAGUGUGGCAAAGCCUUCAGACACAAGUCAACACUCGUCUCACAUCAGAGAAUUCAUACCGGAGAGAAACCCUACGAAUGUUCUGUUUGUGGCAAGGCCUUCAGAGGAAACUCAGCAUUCACUGUACAUCAGAGAACUCAUACUUGAGAGAAACCUUACAAACUCCUUGAAUGGAAUGAAUGUCGUAAAUCCUUCAGAGAGGAAUCAAGACUGCAUAUACGUCAAAGAACGCAUGCAGGUGAAAAACCGUAUGUGUGCAAUGAGUGUGGCAAAACCUUCCAAGAAAAGACAAAGCUCAUCAUACAUCAGAGAACACACACAGGAGAGUAACCUUUUGAAUGUAAUGAAUGUGGCAAAUCGUUCAGAGAGAAAUCAAUGCUGCAUAGACGUCAAAGAACUCACACAGGAGAGAAACGUUAUGUGUGUUCAGACUGUGGAAGAGCCUUUAUCCUUAAGGUGAGCCUCAGUGCUCAUCAGAGAAUUCAUAGAGGAGAAAAACCUGAUGGAUGUACUGGACUAGUGACAUUUGAGGACGUGGCUGUGGAUUUCACCCAAGAGGAGUGGCAGUACCUGAACCCUCCACAGAAGACCCUGUACAGAGAUGUGAUGCUGGAGACCGUCAGCAACCUGGUCUGUGUGGGGCAGCAGGUUACUAAGCCAGACCUCAUCCUCAAGUUGGAGGUGGAAGAGCCUUGCCAGGCAGAAGGAAAAAUCCCAAUUUGGACCUUUUCGGAAGUCUGCAAAGUUGAAAAACAGAUUGAGAGACAGCAUCAGGAUGACCAACAUAAAUGUCCAUUGACGCAAGUUGGAUUCUCUGACAAGCAAACAAUUACCACCAGGAGUGGCUGUGUCUCUAAUGAAUUUGGGAACACACUAUAUCUGAGUACAAAGAUUGCUGCUUCAAUGCCAAGACCCCAUACACAUGAAUCAUUUGGAAAUAAUAUUGUAGAUGAUUUAAACGUAUUUAGUGGAAGCUUUGCAGAAAAGAAGCAUGAUAAUGGACAUGCAAGAUUAUUCUUCCACCCCGAGUAUGAGAAAACAAACCCUGGAGUGAAACCCUGUGGAUAUAAAGAGUGUGGGAAAGCCCUCAGGCAAAAGAAAGGUCUUAGUGUACAUCAGGGAAUUAAAAAUGGAGAGAAGCACUUUGAAUGUACUGUGUGUAGGAAAACAUUCAGCACGGAAUCACACUUCGUUGUACAUUGCAAAACGCAUACGGGAGAGAAACCCUUUGGAUGUACUGAAUGUGGAAAAGCCUUUAGCCAAAAAUCUUGGCUUAUUAGACACCUGAGAGUUCAUACGGGAGAGAAACCCUUUGGGUAGAGACCCUUUAAGUGUUCCGAAUGUGGGAAAGCCUUCAGAAGAAAGGCAGCUCUCAUUGCACAUUACAGGACUCAUACAGGAGAGAAACCUUAUGAAUGUAAUGAAUGUGGGAAAGCCUUCACUCGGAAGUCAACCCUCAUUGUCCAUCAGAAAACCCACCCAGGAGAGAAAACCUACAAGUGCUCUAAAUGUGGGGAGUCUUUCCUACAAAAGCUUGAUCUAAUUAUACAUCUUAGUACUCAUACAGGAAGGAAUCCCCAUGAAGGUAGUGAGUCUAAGAAAACUUUCAAGGAUAAGUCAACUCUCAUUAUACAUCAGGGAACUCAUACAGGAGAGAAACGUCAUAAAUGUACUGAAUGUGGGAAGUCGUUCAAUAAGAAGUCAAACCUUAUUGUGCAUCAGAGAAUUCAUACAGGAGAGAAACCCUACAAGUGCAAUGAAUGUGGAAAAGCAUUUUCCUACAAACCAUAUGUCAUUGUGCAUCAAAGAAUUCAUACAGAAGAAAAACCCUAUGAAUGUAAUGAGUGUGGCAAAGCCUUCAGACACAAGUCAACACUCGUCUCACAUCAGAGAAUUCAUACCGGAGAGAAACCCUACGAAUGUUCUGUUUGUGGCAAGGCCUUCAGAGGAAACUCAGCAUUCACUGUACAUCAGAGAACUCAUACUUGAGAGAAACCUUGUAAGUGUACAGUAGAAUGUGGGAAAAACUUUAUCAAAAAAUCAAACCUCACUGAACGUCAGAGAACCCGUACAGGAAAGAAAGCUCACAGGAGAGGCCAAAGCCAGAAGUAA